UUUCAGCCCAGUGCUCACACUGCAAAGGCGGGCGGGGCUGUGAACAGUUUCAAAAUGGCGUUCAGCUAGGAAGGCAGUAGUGAAGCGAUAAACAGUUGCUCGUCAAUUCAGUAACGUAAACAUAAAUAAAGCAGAGAACACCAUCAUCGCUAGAACAUAUUUGAAGUGGUGCAUACAAAAUGAAAGGUAAAGAGCGUUCUCCAGUCAAAAAGCGCUCACGUCUACUGGAUGAAUCUCGAGAAAGGGGAGGAAGCCACCCAUCAUGUAACGUUAAGAAAAUGGGAACCCUUUCGGUGUCUGGCAGCAACAACGGUAAUAAUUCGAUGAAAGGGAGCAGUUCAACGAGACGGACUUUACUCGGCGAUAAACGAGACAGUCGAGAGAUAGACGGGCACGUUUCAAGUCGUACUGGAAGUAACCACAGUUAUGCUAAUAUCACUGCAGGUGUGAGUAGCAGCAAGAACCACAGCGGCCUCACUUUGGAAGCCACUGCACGGAUCAACUCUCGCGGAGAGGCCAGGGCUCUCCCGGGUAAUGAAAGUGAGUACAAGACUUUGAAAAUAAGCGACCUUGGUUCCCAACUGAGUGACGAAGAAAUAGAAGACGGCUUAUUUCUCGAGUUUAAAAAAUUUGGUGACGUGAGCAUUAAAAUAAGUAGAGUGAACGACGAGCGUGUGGCGUUUGUCAAUUUCAGAAGGCCUGAUGACGCUAAGGCUGCAAAACACGCCCGCGGCAAAUUGGUUCUGCAUGACAGGCCACUGAAAAUCGAGGCUGUGUACAUGAACAGGCGACGGAGCCGCUCGCCUAUAGAUAAAGACACAUAUUCAGCGGUCGCAGGUCACAGACAUUUGCAUACUCAGAGACCCCUCUCACCCACUGGACUGGGGUAUAGAGACUACAGGCUACAGCAGCUGGCCCUGGGUCGUCUCCCACCUCCACCACCCCCACCUCUUCCCAGAGACUUAGAAAGGGAAAGGGAAUUUUCUUUGUAUGAUGCCAGGACUCGACCACCUUUUAUCCCAGAGGUUGCUGCUUUUCGAGAGGAGGACAUAGUUUCCCCAGAGGACGACCAGAGAGCCAACAGGACAUUGUUUCUUGGUAACCUUGACAUAACAGUGACUGAGAGUGACCUGAGGCGGGCUUUUGACAGGUUCGGGGUUAUCACUGAGGUGGACAUCAAACGCCCGACACGUGGACAGAGCAGUACUUACGGAUUCCUGAAAUUUGAAAACCUUGACAUGGCUCACCGCGCCAAGAUUAGUAUGUCUGGCAAAGUGGUGGGCCGGAACCCCAUCAAGAUUGGAUAUGGCAAGGCCACUCCUACCACCAGACUCUGGGUUGGGGGAUUAGGGCCCUGGGUUCCUCUGGCUGCCCUGGCCAGGGAGUUUGACCGCUUCGGCACCAUCAGGACCAUAGACUAUAGGAAGGGCGACGCAUGGGCUUAUAUUCAAUACGAGAGCCUGGACGCUGCCCAGGCGGCCUGUUCUCACAUGCGUGGCUUCCCUCUCGGAGGUCCCGACCGUCGUCUGAGGGUGGAUUUCGCCGACACGGAGCACCGCUACCAGCAGCAGUAUCUGCAGCCCCUGCCACUUCCACCACACUAUGACCUGGUGGCAGAGUCUUUUGUGCACCGCGCCGGUCCUGACGCACUGCGGGUGAGGGAGAGGACUCCGCCGCCGCCUGCCCUUCGCUUCCGUGAUGCUCCGUUGUACCCUGCUGCCGCAGAGUGGCCAGGUGGUCCAGCAGUGCGUGACCGCGCUCGAGGUGCACCCCCCUUUGAGCCACUGGAGCAUUUGGAACGAGAGCGGCGUUCCCGAGAUGCGUGGUCACUGGACCGCGAGCGGGAGCUGCAAAACCGCGACCAGGCCAGGAAGCGCCGCCUCGUGGAGGAUGGCCGUCAUCUGGAGCGUUCGCCCGACAGCAGUGAGCGCCUCAGAGGUCGUCGUCACGGUGUCUCCAUGGAGCGCAGCCCGGGCGGCAGCAGUGGCAGGGAUGGUGGACGCUACAGCGAUUCAGAGAGGCUCUCUCGUGCAGACCGGCCCUCUCCUGCGGGACGUGACCGGCGUGGAAGUUUGGAAUGUGCGCCUGGUGAGAAACGACUGCGGACGCUGAGCCCCGUUGACCCAUCUGCUACUGAAAGGGAGCGCAAGCGCAAAGCCAACGACUCUACCAAGAGCCCUGGCAAACGAGAGGAGCGUACUGAGCACCCCUCUUCCACUUCCUCUUCCUCCUCCAGGGCCACAGCCCAGUCCAAGCAGGGACCUGGGGGCCACAAACUGUCACUGGCGUGGCAAGGCAUGCUGCAGCUGAAGAACAGCAGCUUCCCCACUAGCAUGCACCUGUUGGAGGGUGACCUGGGCGUCUCCAGCAGGCUGCUAGUGGACGGCAGCACUGGCAGUCAGGUGUGCCAACUCAAGAUCACCCAGCGCCUUCGCCUGGACCAACCCAAACUGGACGAGGUGGCACGCCGCAUAAAGAUCGCAGGACCCAGCGGAUAUUCAGUACUACUCGCCGUGCCUGGAAGCUCGGAGGAGGGCCCCUGUGACACGGGCAGCUCGACGGAACGACCCCUGAAGAAUCUGGUGUCCUACCUUAAGCAGAAACAAGCUGCUGGGGUCAUUAGCCUCCCUGUCGGGGGGAGCAGAGACAAGGACAACGCGGGAGUUCUGCACGCCUUUCCCCCUUGUGAGUUCUCCCAGCAGUUUCUCGACACCGCAGCUAAAGCCCUCGCCAAAACCGACGAAGAUUACCUGGUAAUGAUCAUAGUCCGAGGAGCAUCAUAAAAAAAGUAACACACAAAAGUAAAGUAAAUGAUAACUUAUAAUGGCCCUGUAAUAUAUAUAGAGUGCCGCUGUGUCAUAGAAUAUAGUCUUGAAUGUCAAAGGGUAUUUUGCAGUGUCUGUCUGUCACUGGAGAAGAAGAAAAAAAAAAAUAUUGUAACAUUGUGCUUUCAGCAGUCCAAUGCCUCAGAAAUGAUUCUGGUUGUCUUUAUGCAUGGUAGUCUAACAUUUUUUUUUUGUAAGAUUCACUCUUAAAGCAAACGGGAAUGGAAAACUUUGAUGACGGUACAUCAGAAUAAUGUGAUACAUAUUUUUCCUGACAUAAUGUAACACUACACGGCCUCCAUUACAGAGUUAAGUUUAAAUUUACCCUCAGACUAAACAUUGUUGUCUCCAUCAAGUCGAUGCGCACUCUACUAAAAUGAUCUACCUGAUAUGCUCAUAGUAAACUGUCCUGUGAUUUCUGCUUUUACUGAGUUCUGCAAACUUGUUUUUGAAAUACAUAUAUUUUUUUGUUUCUUAUUAUUGCAGUCAUUUGCAGACAGAUGAUAUGUUCCCAAAUCAUCACACUCAUAACCUGACAUCAUAGAUAUAGAUUACAGAGAUUUGAAUGUCAUUACAUUGAACAAAAGAGUGUUCUUUGAAUCCUGAAAGAAAGAAAACCUCAGUGGUUUAUUGUUUUGGAAAUGCAUUCUUAAUUCUAAAUUCAUUUAAUGAGAUGGUAUAUGGAAUUGACCCUCAGUCUUCAAUCUCCUGAAAAUGUACAUGUGACGGGGACUGAAAUAUUUAUGAAAAUGUUGGUUUAUUAGUAUGUUUAAACUAAAAGUGUAGCCUAAAGGUUUUAUUUUUCAACACAAGGGCCUCUGCCAUCAGAUAUUGAACAGGAAUUUAUUAUUGCGGUCUGGCCAGGCAUGAAAAUCCCCUUUGUGUGUUUAUGUAGAGUGUGAGAGAAAUAUUAGCCUACCAGUUCUACAUCAGACGCUUCCUACAACAACAGAUAACCUGUUAAGAAAAGCUGGUCACUCCAGAUGGUAGAAAUAAAAUGGUGUUUAUAUGACUGUAGGUUUUACUGGGAUAAAGUAAUUCAAUUUAUGAAGAUAGAACUAGGUAAUUGUAAAUGGGUUACUUGGAAGAAAAGUUGACUGUGUAAGAAGAAAUGGUAUUGAUUUUUGUAAAGAUACUGUUUCCCCCCCCCCCCCCCCCAAUAGCUUAUUUGUAUUGUGUUUUUUUGUUGUAUUUUUUUAAAUGUCUGCUUGAUACUUUUAAACAAGUCUUUCAUCAGAUAGGAUCAUGUAAAAUUGACUAAUAUUCUAAGACACUAGUCCAGGGGCGUUGGUCAUUUACAGGCGUACAUACAAGUCUUGUAUUAAUAAAGAGGGUUCCUUGUUUUUAUCAGAUGAAAUCUCCUUUUGAAAUGGAGUGAUAAGAAAUCAUAUAAAAUGUGCUCCAGUUCAUCUUCAAUUACAUUUGGUCUUAAUUUGGUCCCACUAUUACAUGUUUUAUUACUUUUGGUGCAGUUUUUCUCUGCCAGUCUGCUUUAUGUACUCAAGACAUAGCCCCCUAAAACUUUUUUUUUUUUUUUUUUCAGUGCAGUCAUUUCAUUGUCAUGUAAACAGCUGUCAUAUGUUUGCUGAUCUUAUGUUUCUUAAAAAAAAAAAGUGUACUUGUAUGGACAGUGAAUAUCUGUUCUGAGAGGAUUCAAGAACACUCAGCGCCAUGGACACUCUUGGAAACACGUGCAUACAAAACAAAAAAUCAUCCAUGAUUCUCAGAUGACAGGCAUUGCUUUGUGCGUCUAACUGAACAGACUGCUCUUAAGUUGUGUAAUUGCUUUGUUAUGACCGUGCCCAUGUUUUAAAUGGAAGUAAGUUUGCAAUGUGCUCUUUACUGUACAACUGAAUUCUGGAGAGAAAAAAUGGAAACCAUCGCAAAGCACAUGCGACUAAAGUAGCAGCUGUUCACCACAAUCACACACAAAGAAAAAAAAACAUGCAUCUGGCACUUGCUUGAUUUUUGUCUCAGUGUCAAUAAAUUGUUUCUCUUUCGAUGGAAAA